AUGGCAGCGGGACUGAGGAAUUCCCUGCAAAGCCAAAAUGUUCCUGGCUUGCAGAGCACAGUUCCAGAGAAACAUUGUUCAAAGCUUCUUUCGGACACAAGUGUUAUUCGGUUCUACCCAAGCAAAUUUGUCCUUAUCACCGACAUACUUGAUACAUUUGGAAAGCUGGUAUACGAGCGCAUCUUUUCCAUGUGUAUGGAUAACCACAGCAUCUUACCAGAUCACUUCUCUCCAGAGAAUGUAAAUGACACAGCCAAAGAAACAUGCUUAAAUUGGUUUUUCAAGAUUGCUUCCAUCAGGGAACUCAUUCCGAGAUUCUAUGUGGAAGCAUCCAUCCUGAAGUGUAACAAGUUCCUCUCCAAAACGGGGAUUUCGGAGUGUCUGCCCCGGCUGACUUGCAUGGUCCGAGGGAUCGGGGACCCUCUGGCUUGCAUGGUCCGAGGGAUCGGGGACCCUCUGGUGUCGGUGUAUGCCAGGGCCUACCUGUGCAGGGUGGGCAUGGAAGUGGCUCCACAUCUCAAAGAAAGCCUAAAUAAGAACUUUUUUGACUUCCUCCUCACAUUCAAACAGAUUCACGGCGAUACGGUCCAGAACCAGCUGGUGCUCCAGGGAGUGGAGCUUCCAUCCUACCUCCCCUUGUACUCGCCUGCCAUGGACUGGAUCUUCCAGUGCAUUUCCUACCAUGCCCCCGAGGCUCUGCUAACUGAAAUGAUGGAGAGAUGUAAGAAACUAGGAAACAAUGCCUUGCUGUUGAAUUCCGUAAUGUCAGCUUUCCGGGCCGAGUUCAUCGCCACAAGGUCCAUGGAUUUCAUUGGCAUGAUUAAAGAGUGCGAUGAGUCUGGUUUCCCCAAGCAUCUUCUUUUUCGCUCACUGGGGUUAAACUUGGCCUUGGCUGAUCCUCCUGAGAGUGAUCGACUUCAGAUUCUCAAUGAAGCUUGGAAAGUUAUCACUAAAUUGAAGAAUCCACAGGACUACGUUAAUUGUGCCGAAGUGUGGGUAGAGUACACCUGCAAACAUUUCACGAAACGGGAGGUGAAUACUGUUUUGGCCGAUGUCAUCAAGCACAUGACUCCAGAUCGUGCAUUUGAAGACUCCUACCCUCAGCUUCAGUCAAUAAUUAAGAAAGUAAUUGCACACUUCCAUGAUUUCUCAGUUCUUUUUUCAGUGGAAAAAUUUCUGCCAUUUCUGGACAUGUUCCAAAAAGAGAGUGUGCGGGUGGAGGUUUGCAAAUGCAUCAUGGAAGUUUUUAUCAAGCAUCAGCAAGAGCCCACUAAGGACCCCGUCAUUCUGAACGCCCUUUUGCACGUUUGCAAGACCAUGCAUGACUCUGUGAAUGCACUCACUCUUGAGGAUGAGAAAAGAAUGCUGGCAUAUUUGAUUAAUGGAUUUAUAAAAAUGGUGUCCUUUGGCCGUGAUUUUGAACAACAGCUGAGUUUUUACGUUGAGGCCAGGUCGAUGUUUUGCAAUCUGGAAGCUGUUCUUGUGCAAUUGAUUCAUAGUGUGAACCGGUUGGCAAUGGAAACAAGAAAAGUAAUGAAAGGAAAUCAUUCCAGAAAGACAGCUGCAUUUGUCCGGGCCUGCGUUGCCUACUGCUUCAUUACCAUUCCCUCCCUGGUGGGAAUCUUCACCCGCCUCAAUCUCUACCUGCAUUCUGGUCAGGUGGCCUUGGCCAACCAGUGCCUCUCCCAAGGACUGCAAGUCCCACAAGAACAGGCCAAGACAGAAGACCCUGCAGCUUCUGAACUCUUUCUGGAAGGUUUAUCUACCAGAGCCCCUAUAUCAAGACAAGAUCAGCUGCUUCGUGUCCCCCUUGGAACAGAGCAUACGACAGGCUCCCAGCAGAUAGAAGGAAGAGAAGGCACUACCCCACUCUCCAGCCUCAGUCGCAGACUCGUCUCGUUAAGGGCCAGCCUCUGUUUCGGGCUGUGGCCGUUUGCUGUUGCAUCUGCUCCUCUGCUGUGCUGGAGGGGCUUCCGGUUUUAACUCAAGGUGCUGCAGACCGGAGCACUGUUCUGUGUGCAUCACUGCGAGCCGUUGCGGAGUGGAAGUGGAUUUGAACCAUGUAAACGUUUGAUCUUGUCGGGUAGUUUAAAAUUUCGCUUGUCAGGUCAGUGUUCUGUCUGUUUUGACCCUGAGGCUCUUUCUCAUGGUUAGCACUUUGGCAGUUCUAGAAAGAACUCUCCUUCUCCCUCUCCGUCUACGGUCCCACCGACACACUAGUUCCUCCCCCCACCGGCUGUGUCCUCCUGACU